AUGUCAAAGUCAGUCGCAAGGUACAUGGUCGCGCGCUUUGUCAGGGCCAUCGAGGAGCUAGGAAGGACUGGGAUCUGGAACAGACGUUGCAAAGUCACCGUGGACUGGGAACGAGAGCGUGGAAUCACUUCUGUGAGCAAACGCGCCAGAGGACGCACUUGUGGCGGAGGGCACAACCGUAGCAGAAGUAAUUUCAUGGGAUCAGCCCAUAGUCAGAGGCCAGCAAGAGACAUGGAUGAGAUCAGGGCAGAGGCGGACAGGCGCCUAGUACAGGGCCUUUGCCAGCAGCUGGAGCUGACUCUGAUGGAGCGACUAGGCGGAUGCAAGUUUUUGAUGACAGUGGAUACUGGCUAG